AAGGACAGUGCCGAAAAUCUCGGUGAGCUCCUCAUGGGGGAUAGGAUUGAGAAUUCCCCAUACCGGUUUAAGAUGUAUGCCAAUGGGACAGAAAUCUUUCUCUGCAAAACCAAUGCCUUAUCCGCGGAUGAGUUUAAGAUCUUGAAGAAGAGGAUUGAUGAGAUGUAUCAGGUUAAUUUGAUUCUUGAUAAUUUGCCUGCGAUUCGUUACACCAAAAAGGAGGGUUUUUACUUGCGUUGGACUGGGUAUCCAAUUGGUGUUAAGGUUCAAGAUAUGUAUUAUGUGUUUAACCAUUUGAAAUUUACGGUUCUUGUUCACAAGUACGAGGAGCCCAAUGUGGCUCGUGUGAUGGGUACUGGGGACGCCGUUGAGAUGAUCCCAGCGAAUAAGAAGUCUGAAUCUGAGGAACCGGGUUACAUGGUUGUUGGGUUUGAGGUGGUCCCUUGUAGUUUCCAGCACAAUAUUGAAUCUUUGAAGAACUUGAAAAUUUAUGAUAAAUACCCGUCUGCGAUUAAGUGCGAAUUGGGUGCAGUUGCUAUGGCUGUGAAGGAAAACGAGCCUGUCGCCUUUACCUACGAAGUCACAUUUGUGGAGAGUGAUAUCAAAUGGCCAUCAAGAUGGGAUGCUUAUUUGAAAAUGGAAGGAGCAAAAGUCCACUGGUUCUCAAUCCUCAACUCUCUAAUGGUGAUUACAUUUUUGGCUGGAAUUGUCCUCGUGAUCUUUUUGAGGACGGUUAGGCGUGAUCUGACUCGUUAUGAGGAGCUCGACAAGGAAGCUCAAGCUCAGAUGAACGAGGAGUUAUCCGGGUGGAAACUUGUCGUAGGUGAUGUUUUCCGUGCUCCAACCAAUGCUUCGCUUCUAUGUGUAAUGGUUGGAGAUGGGGUUCAGAUUCUUGGUAUGGCUGUGGUGACCAUAUUGUUCGCAGCCCUUGGAUUCAUGUCGCCUGCUUCUCGUGGGGCCCUCCUCACAGGUAUGCUGUUUUUCUACUUGAUUCUUGGAAUUGCAGCCGGUUACGUUGCUGUUCGCCUAUGGAGGACAAUUGGGUGCGGUGACAAAACAGGAUGGGUUUCGGUCUCUUGGCGGGCUGCUUGUUUCUUCCCCGGUAUUGCUUUUCUGAUUCUAACCACUUUGAAUUUCCUUUUGUGGGGUAGUCACAGCACUGGAGCUAUUCCAAUUUCACUCUUUGUCAUUCUCAUUUUGCUCUGGUUUUGCAUAUCGGUUCCCCUUACCUUGAUUGGUGGGUACCUUGGGGCAAAAGCACCUCACAUCGAAUACCCUGUUCGAACCAAUCAAAUCCCUCGAGAAAUCCCAGCCCAAAAAUACCCAUCUUGGCUCUUAGUCCUCGGGGCUGGCACUCUUCCAUUUGGUACACUUUUCAUUGAGCUCUUCUUCAUCAUGUCGAGUAUUUGGAUGGGUCGUGUGUACUAUGUUUUUGGAUUUCUCUUAAUUGUUAUGACGCUUCUCGUGGUGGUUUGUGCCGAGGUUUCUCUUGUUCUUACCUAUAUGCAUCUUUGUGUGGAGGAUUGGAAGUGGUGGUGGAAGUCCUUCUUUGCUUCUGGUUCGGUCGCCAUAUACAUAUUCCUAUACUCCGUGAACUACCUCGUGUUUGAUCUCAAGAGCCUGAGCGGACCUGUCUCUGCAACGCUUUACUUGGGAUACUCGCUUUUCAUGGUUUUGGCAAUUAUGCUCGCGACAGGCACGGUUGGCUUCCUUUCUUCGUUUUGGUUUGUGCAUUACUUGUUCUCCUCGGUGAAGCUAGACUAGAAACUUGACGUCACAAAACCAGGGAACCGAGAAUGAAACACAACUUUUCUAAUUGUUCUUACAUAUGUCCUUUUUCUUGAGUUUGUUGUUUCCUAGAAAACUUUUUUUUAAGGUAAUAUGAAUAAUAUCAUCUAUUUUUGGUUUAAUUCUUUGUUUGUUGGGAAUCCUUAGUUGCAUUCUGGGAAGAUGGAGAGUGCUUGGUUAAUUAUAGAUGUGAUUUGGGGUUUUCAACAUGUACUUGGCUCUGUUCAGAUCCAUAUGGAUUGGUAUCAAAAUAGUUGCUUUUCUUGAAUUUA